AUGUCUGGAAAAACACUUCUUCAGUUCGGCCUCCACUCUCCAAUCCGAGAUGAAAGGUUUAUUGUCACUAAUCGUCAAUAUUUGCGUGAAUUGGCUUACGACACCGUCUAUUUAACUAAAGUUGUAGCUGAAAAUGUUCCUAAAUUAAAUCUAGAACAGAGAAAAGUUUACAAUGAAAUUUUAAAUUCGAUUAUAUCUGAUUCUGGGCAGUUGUAUUUUCUUGAUGCUUCAGGUGGUACUGGAAAAACGUUUUUAAUCAAUUUACUGCUUGCGAAAAUCAGGAGUGAAAAAAACAUCGCUAUAGCCGUUGCUUCUUCAGGAAUUGCUGCGACUUUGAUAGACGGAGGUAAAACAGCUCACUCUGCCUUUAAAUUACCUCUCAAUUUAGGUUAUUCUGAGUCUCCACUUUGUAACAUCUCUAAACAGAGUGAUAUGGCUCAUGUGCUGCGAGAAACAAAAAUUAUUAUCUGGGACGAAUGCACUAUGGCUCACAAAAAUGGUAUUGAAGCUCUAAACAGAUUGCUCAAAAAUAUUAGAGGUUGCGACCGAAUUACGGGAGGAGUAAUUGUUCUCUUGGCCGGUGAUUUUAGACAAACUUUGCCUGUUGUGCCACGAAGAACACGUGCAGAUGAAGUUAAAGCCUGUAUUAAGUCAUCAAUUUUAUGGCCUUCGGUCAAAGUUUUAUCUUUGACUAUCAAUAUGCGUGUUCAUCUUCAGCCAAAUUCGAAAGCAGAAGAGUUUUCAAAAAUACUGAUUGAUAUAGGUGAUGGCCAAAUUCCGGAAGAAGACGGAAGAAUAAACGUGUCCUAUAUUAAUUGUGAAACUGUCCCAGAUUUAAUCACCUUGGCUGACAAAAUAUACCCGAAUAUUGACAAAGCUGGCGAUAAUUGUAGUUCAUGGUUAAAGGAGAGAGCCAUCCUCACACCAACCAAUGAACAAGUCAAUUGUAUUAACAACUUUUUGCUGGAGAAACUGCCAACUGAGCAAGUAAGAUAUGAAUCGGUGGACAAAGUACUGGAGGAUGAAGAAGCUGUCCACUAUCCUGUUGAAUUCUUACACACACUCAAUCCACCAGGGAUACCACCUCAUGUUCUUCAACUCAAGAUUGGCACUCCAAUAAUGUUGCUCCGCAAUUUAAAUCCGCCAAAAUUAUGUAAUGGUACCAGGCUUCAAGUCAAGGUCUUACACAAAAAUGUCAUUGAAGCCAUGAUUUUCACCGGAAAAUAUGAAGGAGAAACUGUAUUCAUUCCAAGGAUCCCUCUGAUUCCAUCAGAUUACCACUUCGAAUUUAAACGUCUGCAAUUUCCUGUCAAAGUUUGUUAUGCCAUGACGAUUAACAAGGCACAAGGGCAGAGUUUAAAGAUGACUGGUAUUGAUUUAAGAAAUGACUGUUUCUCUCAUGGCCAACUAUACGUGGCAUGCUCAAGAGUAAGUUCACCUGACAGCUUGGUCAUUCUUCAACCAAUAGGAAAAACGAAGAAUGUUGUAUAUAAAGAAGUUUUAAGUAUUUAAUUUUCUAUUUUUGACUAUAUUAAUAAUUUCUUUAAAUUAGAUCGAUAGAAUCAGAAAAUAAACAGU